CUUUCAUUUCAGAUUAGAAGCUGCGUAGGAUCUCACGAAGUCUUUUUUAUUUUCCUGACAUUUAAAGCCUUUUUUUUUCUCACCACAGUCAUGACAACACUUCUAGUUGUUGCAGUGGUCGCCUUGAUUCAUGGCAGUUAUGCAACUUUGCUCAUUAAAGGGCCAACAAAGCCAGUUCUGGAGGGAGACUCAGUCACACUGGAGUGUCAGUACUCUGACUCUGACCGCAACGUCAGCCAAGUCCGCAUUGAGGUCUUCCACAGGUACGCGCAGAUUUGGCGUCGUGCAGGUUGGGGGAGAUCUUGGUGCUUUUCUGCUGGGCAUUCCGACCUGAACGAGCUGAUCGAGGGCAGCCCCGUCCUGUUUAUUCCCCAUGUAGGAAGGUACAAUGAGGGGCCCUACCGCUGCGUUUCAGACGCCGACAAUGUGACCGAGCCAGACAACUCCUCCCAGCCGCUGACCUUCAAAGUGCAUUACAUGAGCGAGCCGGCGCUUUCCAGGAACGGCUACACCAGCUACCUGAGCGUCCCGCAGAACCUGAAGGUGCGACUCGGAGAUGACGUGGUGGUGAAGUGCUCUGCCAGUUCGUCAGAAGAGCCGAGCUUCUCCUGGCUCAAAGAGGGUAGCGACUGGAUCCUGCCUUCGUCUACGCUGACACUGAAGAAAGUGAGUGCGUCUGAUGAAGGACAGUACACUUGCAUGGCUGAGCAUCCUUCUGUGGAGUCCCUCAGCAAGAAACGCACCAUCAGCAUCACCGUCCUGCCUGAGGACGCCCCCUGGUAUGAGUCCAGUAAUGGCCGUCUCAUCUUGAUGACCUCGUCAGCGGCAGCAACUCUCGUGGUGUUCAUCCUGUCCAUGACUGUGUUCCUGUGCCGCAGGGCCAAGCAGGCCAAGACCAGCAAGGGGCCCAUUGAUGACCGGUCUCAGAAAAAGCCCAUCUACAAAGCAAGUGUUGAGUCCCUACCCUCCAUAAGCGGAGACAAACAACCUCUGGUGUGACUACACAGACAGGUGGAAGGAUGAGAAUGGGGGGAAGGAUGGAGUGAAAAAUGAGGAAGAUGGAGUGGGUGGCCAGAAAAUGAAUGAUGGCAUAAAGGAGAUGCACAAAGAGGGACACUGUGGGAGGAGAGAGGGAGGAAAGGAGGGAGGCAAAUAGGGAUAUUGGUAAACUGGGAGGAGAGCAAAAUCAAAAUCGGUAACAAGCUGGGUGUAUAAACACAGUGAAGGGCAAAUGAUUUCUUUACAGAUGCCAAAGCAGCUUUUGCUUGCGGGUGUAGGCUGCAGUUUUGCGUCUUGGACAGUGAGGUGGGCAAUUUUCUUUUCAUUUAUUCUGAAGCACGAAAAAUGGGGAGCUACGUUCUUAUCAAAAUGAUGAUGAAGAUUUUUGUAUAUUUGUACGAGUUGAAAAGACUCCACAUGCAAUUCUCUCCUUUCACUUGCAAACAUAAUUGCUCAGCUGUUUAUUAUGAAUGAAACAUUUUGGUGAUAGGCCGAGGUUUUAUUUUGUUGAUUUGUUUCCCUUUCAGCCUUUUUUUCUCCCCCAAAUCAGAACCGGCUCAAAGCAGCUUUGAGAGCGCUACUAUAAUAUCUUUACUGUGACAGCUCUCGAGCACAUUGCACUCUCAUAUUUAAUUUACUGUACUUUGGAUAUCUGAGAUAUUAAAUGGCUUUUACAAAAAAAAAAAAAAAACGUUA